UGUACCAUGCAGACAUUGCCCAUGAUACUUUAAUGCUUUAUGAUAACAUGAGACUUGUGGUAAUAUCGGGUUUAAUAAAUGUGGGUUACAUGUCAACCCAGAUAGCCUGUGCUGUAAAGACAUGCUAAUCAGGGAUGACACUUUGUGCUUUUAUUGUAUUUUUCAAUUAAAGGAAGUGCACAUGCAUAACGCCUUGUUUUUCCAGAGAAUGGGAUUGAAAUGUAUUUAUUACAAUGAUGUCUGUUGUAACAGGUCACAUAGGUCUGGUGAACCCGCUAGUGGCCAAGGCCACUGGGGCUUCCCAAGUUUGUGUGACAGAUAUUGAUGAGAAGAGGCUGGUCAUGGCCAAGGAGAUGGGAGCAGACUGCGUUGUCAAGGUGACCUCCAAGGACGCCAAGGAAGUCGCAGCACAGGUCAUUGAGGCGCUAGGAGAGAAACCAGACUUCACGAUAGAGUGCAGUGGAGCCCCACCCAGCACACGCACAGCCAUAUUUGCAACCAAGUCAGGUGGCUGUGUGGUGCUGGUAGGGAUGGGACCACCCAGUGGAGCUGCCCAUCAUAGAUGCUGCGGUGCGGGAGGUGGACAUUCGAGGAGUGUUCCGAUACGUCAACUGUUAUCCAACAGCCUUGAAUAUGGUCGCUUCAGGUGCAGUGAAUGUGAAGCCGCUGAUAACACACCGCUUCAAGCUGGAGGACUCCAUUCAGGCCUUUGAGACGACCUUUAGAGGGGAGGGCAUCAAGGUCAUGAUUGGGUGCAAGAAGUAAAGGUCAGAGAGAAGUCAGCAAGGGGUCAGAGGUCACCUGAUAUCAGUGCAUCUCAACUAGGCCAUAAUACUGGGGCUAGUGUCAAUAAAAAAGGGUCAUUUAAAACUGUUUAUUGUAUAUUUGAAUACUAUUUUAAAGUUUUCCAGAAUGUUUUAAACAGAAUAACAAAAAUAUUGUGUUUACCGGUUCCAUUUUGAUUUUGUUUAUGCAAUAUAUAUGUACAUUCUAUAAUACAUGUGUUUUUUGAUGGUGUUAUAAAUCAUUAAAUACAUGUUAUUGUUAUAAAAAUUGUUAUUUGGUAGACAUGGACUGAUGUAUGAGUAGUUAUUACUAGAUAUAUUAUUCACACUGACUAUAAUAUUAUUAUUAAUAAGUCUGGAAUAUUUGUAUUUUGUAUCUAUAUCAGAAAGCAAAAUAUGUAUCGACCAUUGUUUUAGUCAAGAUGUCGACCAAUUACAUUUUGUAUAAUUU